GGGCUGCUCAUUCUUGGUGUCAAGAAGUCAGGAAUUCUUGCAGUAUUUUUUAAAUGUUGCUGUUGCUGUUUGGUUUUCAGCUGUCUCCUCUCUAGCAGUUUGAGAGCUAAGAAGCAUGGAAAUGUCAAAUUUCCUGGAGAAUGGAAAUAUUCCCAGGGAAGCAAACAAUUCACGAUGCAAUGGGAUGAACCUUUGCACUUUGGCAGCUCUGGCUCUUUUAAUACUGGUUGUGGUUCCACUUUUGAUAGCCUGCUUUCUGUGCCUUCAUAGCCAGUCUCCGGAGAUCUGCUGGGCUCAUGCAACUUUACCUUCAGAAGAUCGUGAUGGUUACAUCAUAUGGAAGUGGAACUUGACAGACUGCAGUAGCUUCAUAAGGAAUGGCUCUGACCAAAAGCUGGAGAUCCUGCAGAGUGGCAUGUACUUCAUCUAUGCCCAGGUGACCCGCAUAAAGACAAUAAAAGAUUAUUUUACGAUGACGCUGUACAGAGAUCAGAAUAUUCUCCUCAACCAGAUGACUGGGACAAAUUCUGGGGAGGACACUGUCUCCAUCAAUUUCGGGAGACCUUAUUUUCUGAGCAAGGGGGAGAAGCUGUUCUGUAAGGUCAAUAAUGGGCUUGGACACAUCUCAACAGAAAAUCAGACUUACUGGGGGCUGUACAAAAUGUAACAGACUUCCACUUGGAGUCAGCUUCUCUCACCCUCCAAAGAACAUUAGGAAUCUAACCUCUGAGUCUGAAAUGUUUGCAAUUUCUCUGCAUCAAACUCAAGACAACGAUGCUUUGGGCUUUCUCAUCUUCCUGUUGAAGUGAUUCAGGGUACACGCUCAACAAGAUGUGAAUGUGCUACUCCAGUAAUGACAUCAGAUUGUCACAAGUUAUGAGAGGAAGACACUUUUAGAACAACAGUGUGAACAAAGAAAAGCAAUACCUUGAUGUGUUAGAAAUGUUAGUUCUAAAAUCCCAGGCAAAUAAGUCACUAUGUUCUGCCCAUUCUGCACUGGUAAACAGUUUCACUCCUCAGCUGGCUGCCUUUCCGUGCAGGGUGAAAGUGAUUAUCAUUUGUAUAUUUUGUGAAGUGCCUAGGGGAUCCAUGGACAUGAAAGAUGCUAUGUCAGUGUAAUAUAUUAUGCACAUACUGUACAUAACCUGGACAAAAAAUGGCCUGUCUGAGAUUGAGGGACCAACAUGUUUAAAGGCAAAGGGAAUAGAGGGACAAUUCCUAGCUCCCAUCCAGGGCUUCUGUGGAACAUCCUCUCCUUUCUGUCCCCUUUUCUCCUCACAUACAUACCUAACUUUAAUAAGGGAAAAUGCAGCUGUCCCAAUUUCCCCUCAGUGUAAACCCAGCCCCAUCAUUCCUGGGGAUUCACACCGUUUAGGAGUUUUGCAUUCAGAAUGAAUGCAAACUAUAUUUUCUCUUUGAACCAUUGAGUCCAAUGCUGGCGUAUUGAAGGUGGCACAUAGAGCCUGUGUGUCUAUAUUAAGAUUCAGGGUUCCAUUGACCCUCACCAUUUUCUAUCAUACAGUGCUGUAACAUGGAACUUAAUAGUGCAGAUAAAGUCACACAGAGCAGCAUCUGGACUGGACGGGGACCAGGCUUCAAAUUCUCUUAUCUAUAGCUACAUUGUGCAGUAUAAGCAGAUGUAACAUUUGUCAUUGAAAGGAAGUGGGGUACCCAUAUCUCUAUUGAUGGGAGGGCACACCUGUAGAACUAAAGGAAGAGAAGGAGUGUGAUCUACUGGGGAGAGCUGAGGAUUGAGAUUGUUGAGCUGUAUCCUGUGCUCCUCUACUAAGUCACUGUGUGACCUUGGGUAAGGCACUGUGGUUGUGCCUUAGCUUCUCCUCACUAAGUCAGGUAUAACAAUGUAUUUACCUACCUCACAGGCAUGUUGUAAGGCUGAAUAAAUGGACAUUGUAAAGUCCUUGGAGAUCCUCCAAUUCCCUGUUCUAGCGCUGUGGUCGGUCACACAGUCGGGUUUCUGUUCCUUGAUUAGCUGUCCUAGGGCAAGCUCCUCUGAUGGGUAUAUGCUUGUUUUCACACAAAUAGCCAUAUUUUCAUGAAUAAAGCCUCCCCAAUCAUUCCUUGAAACAAAUUACAGCUUCAUGGAUUUUCCCGGACAAACAAACAAAUACAAACACUGUUGGACUGAAUCACGAUUUAGGGUUAGUUUGAUGCAAUGUGGUUGUUAUGAUUUUAUUUUCUGUGUAUUCCAACAUUAAAUAUUAUGGAGCCUGCUUUACAGAAGUGGCUGCCAUUUUGUGUUCAUUUCAGUGCAGACCAUUAAAGAGGGGAGACAAACAGUGCUCUCGCAUGGAGACUUUACCUUUGUUCUUUCUUGUUUAGUUAAUUAUCCUUAAUCUAGAAUAAAGUUUUUCAGAAUAAAAGUGUACAGUGCCCUUGUGUAUGGCCAAACAUGAUAGUUUGCAAAUACAUUUAUCCACCCUUCACCUAGCUUGACUGCUUUGUCUGUGUUAGGCCUGAAGGGUCUGACCCUCAGUACUCCCAUGUGUAAGAAGGGAUAAUAGUACUUAUUUAUCUGUCUCAUGGGUGGGAGGUGUUGGUUAUCAGUUAGGUGUAAGGCCAGUUUGUAUGCAUUAUAAUUGGGGUAGUGUGAGGAUGGUGACAAGCUGUGCUUCUCCAUGGAGAACCAAGACCCUGAAUCCCUCCCACUCCCCCAUCCUUGAGGUUGUAGUCUGCUCCCCAUGGCAUUAGUGGGAUUUGAAGGCCAGGAGAAGGAGGGUCAGUCUUCAUGCUAAAGGGAGCAUAGGAGCUGUUAUUGUGCCUGUUCCUUGCACAGGGCACAAGAGGUAUCCUCGCCUCCCACCCACACAUCUGUAGUAGGGCAAGGUCCAUAGUGAAUCAAUGUUUAUCAAGUGGUUUAAUGAGAGGAAGUGCUAUGUAAGUGCUAACUCAACAUCAUUACAAUUCCACCAUGGCUACUAUCAAUAAUAAUCAGGAAAUGCAUGAGUUUGCGUUCUAAAGGAGACCCUAAGCAAUGGGCUAAGCUUGGCCAUGUGAGGAAUCCCCCCUCCCUCUGACUGCAGUAUAACUUGCAUUUUAAUUACCACUGGCAUCUCUGGGACUCUAUCACGGUCUCCAUUUCAAAAAGUCGUCAUUUGCCAGAGGUUACCACACACUGGUAUCUGAGACAUAUUUCAUUCUAAGUCUGAGGGGGAAACUACGGUGCCUGAGCUGUCACUGUGUGGUAAAUUGAGAAAGGUUGGCUUUAAACGAAGACUUUGGAUUGGUGUCAGCAGCGACAGAAAAGAAAGCGUUGGUUCGAGGUUCACUUUGUUUGCAUCUGGGGGCACUCUCAUAGGUGGAAAGAUGUUUGCACCUCUCAAUUAGUGCUACACUCAGGCCUGGUCUGCACUACACGUUUAUGUUGGACUUAGCAGCGUUAAAUCGAAUUAACCCUGCACCCAUCCACACAACGAAACCAUUUUUUUCGACAUAAGGGCUCUUAAAACCAAUUUCUGUACUCCUCCACAAUGAGGGGAUUAGCGCUGAAAUUGACAUCGCUGUUUCGAAUUAGGGUUAGUAUGGAAGCAAUUCGAAGGUAUUGGCCUCCGGGAGCUAUCCCACAGUGCACCAUUGUGACCGCCCUGGACAGCACUCUGAACUCAGCUGCACUGGCUAGGUGUACAGGAAAAGCCCCAGGAACUUUUGAAUCUCAUUUCCUGUUUGGCCAGGCGAGCUCAUCAGCGCAGGUGACCAUGCAGUCCCAGAAUCGAAAAAGAGCUCCAGCAUCGACCAAACGGGAGGUACUGGAUCUGAUCAUUGUAUGGGGAGAGGAAUCUGUGCUAUCAGAACUAUGUUCCAAAAGACGAAAUGCCAAAACAUUUCAAAAAAUCUCUGAGGCCAUGAGGGAAAGAGGCUACAGCAGGGACGCAACACAGUGUCGCAUGAAACUUAAGGAGCUCAGACAAGCAUACCAGAAAACAAAAGAAUCAAACGGAUGCUCCGGGACACAGCCCCAGAUAUGCUGCUUCUACGCUGAGCUGCAUGCAAUUCCAGGGGGGACCGCCACCACUACCCCACCCCUGUCCCUGGACAACGAUGAUGGGGUACUCUCCGCCAUGCCUGAGGAUUUUGUGGACAGGGAAGAUGAGGAGGAGGAGGAGGAGCUUGAGGAGAGCACACAGCACACCGUUCUCCCCAACAGCCAGGAUCUUUUUAUCACCCUGACUGAAAUACCCUCCCAACCCAACGAAGCCGGAGAAGGGACCUCUGCAGCUGCAAAUGUUUCAAGCCUCCCUCCUCCGUCCCAAAGGCUAUCUCAGAUAAGGCGGCGAAAAAAACGCAUGCGCGAUGAAAUGUUCUCUGAGCUCAUGUAGUCAUCCGGCACUGACAGAGCUCAGCAGAAUGUGUGGAGGGACACAACAGCGGAGUACAGGAAAGUGGCCGAUGAAUGUGAGGAGAUGUGGCAGCAGGAAGAUCAGAGGAGGCAUGAGGCAACGCUGGGGCUACUGCGGGAUCAAACGGCGUCUGGUGGAGGUUCAUGAAUAGCAGCAGGAUCACAGACUGCUGCUGCAGCCCCUGCUUAACUGCCCUCCCUCCUCCCCAAGUUCCAUAGCCUCCUCACCCAGACGCCCAAGAACGCGGGGAAGAGGCUCCAGGCACCCAACCACUCCACCCCAGUGGACAGGCCAAGCAACAAAAGGCUGUCAUUCAAGAAGUUUUAAAAUGGCCUUUUCCUUCCCUCCUACCCUCCUCCCACACCCCACCCGGGAUACCUUGUGAGUUAUCUCCCUAUUUUUAUAAUCAAUUAAUAAAGAAUACAUGUUUUUUAAA